AAGGCGGUGCUUUUUCCUCCCUCCUUUUACUCCCGUGAAUCAGGAGUAUCACAGGCGGGCUUUCGUCGCUGUUUUUGAACCAGACUUCUUUUUAAAAUGACUUGUUAGCACCAUUACAUAUACAUACAUACGAAUUACCAUAAGGGGCAUCUGUACGCCGAUUUAAAGUAAAACGAGGGCCUGCUUCCCCUCAGACACAGACAGGCCAUCAUGAAGCUGACGGACAAUGUGCUGCGGAGCUUCAGAGUUGCUAAGGUGUUUCGAGAAAACUCAGACAAAAUUAAUUGUUUUGACUUCAGUUCAAACGGAGAAACGAUUAUUUCCAGCAGCGACGACGAUUCGUUAGUCUUGUACGACUGCCAAGAGGGAAAACCCAAGAGGACUCUCUACAGUAAGAAGUAUGGAGUGGAUCUGAUCAGGUACACACAUGCUGCAAACACUGUGGUCUACAGUUCCAACAAAAUCGAUGAUACCAUCCGGUACCUGUCCCUUCAUGACAACAAAUACAUCCGCUACUUUCCUGGGCAUAACAAGAGAGUGACAUCACUCUCCAUGUCUCCUGUGGACGACACAUUUAUUUCUGGCUCUUUAGAUAAAACUAUCAGACUGUGGGAUUUGCGGUCACCUAACUGCCAGGGUCUGAUGCACCUGCAGGGGAAGCCAGUGUGCUCCUUUGAUCCAGAGGGCCUAAUCUUUGCUGCUGGAAUAAAUUCAGAGAUGGUUAAACUUUAUGACCUGCGGUCGUUUGACAAGGGCCCCUUUGCAACCUUCAAGCUUCAAUAUGACCGGACAUGUGAGUGGACAGGACUCAAGUUCAGCAAUGACGGGAAACUCAUUCUUCUUUCUACGAAUGGUGGAGCCCUUCGCAUCUUGGAUGCUUUCAAGGGUGCUGUGCUACAUUCCUUCGGGGGCUACAACAACAGUAAAGGUGUAACACUGGAGGCGUCGUUCACUCCGGAUUCUCAGUUUGUUAUGAUUGGCUCUGAGGAUGGAAAGAUCCACGUGUGGAAUGCAGAGAGCGGUAUGAAGGUAGCAUUACUAGAUGGGAAGCACACAGGACCAAUUACCUGCCUGCAGUUUAACCCCAAGUUCAUGACGUUUGCAAGUGCCUGUUCCAACAUGGCAUUCUGGCUCCCCACCAUUGAUGACUGAUGACGGGUUCUGUUGAAGACCAAAGUCGAAGUGACCAGCAGGGGUCAGCACAGCCUGAUCUGUGUAAAUUUCACAGGAAGUUUUGCCGAGUUCAAUUCAAAUUGUAAAUAAGUAGUUUGCAGAAAUAGAUUGUUUUGUCUAUUCUUUUUUUUAUAUUUCUAUUUAACAUUAAACCAUUUCUUUGUAAGA